UCUCUGGCCGUGUUUCAGUCCCACCCACAGGAAAGGAAGCAGCUCGCUCAGGGUUGGAUUUCAGCAGAGAGCAACACACUCUCACUCUGCGAGAACGGCUACCACUGCCGUAAACCAUGAUGUCCACGUCCCUCCUCCUGCUCUCCUUCCUCCUGGCUGUGACUGCUGCUCAGGGAGCUUCAGGCUUCAGAAUCUGUGCCUUCAACCUCCAUCAUUUUGGGGCUUCCAAGGCCAGUAAGAAUGAUGUCAUGAUAACUCUGGCCAGGAUCAUUAGUCGCUGUGAUGUGUGUCUGCUUCAGGAGGUCAGAGACAGUAAAGGGACAGCUCUACCAAAGCUGCUUGAAACAAUUAAACGGUAUGACAAGCAGAACAAGUAUGAAGCCCUGGCCAGUGAGAGGCUGGGCAGGACGGAGUCAUACCAGGAGCAGUAUGUGUUCAUCUACAGGAGCAACACUGUGAAGGUUACUGAUCAGUUUCAGUACCCAGAUAAUCUUCCUGGAGAUGAAGAUGCUUUCUCCAGAGAACCUUUUGUCGUGCGCUUCUCAGCCCCAAGGACAUCUAUAAAGGAUUUUGUCCUCAUCCCUCAACACACCACUCCAACCAACACCACCAAAGAGCUGGACGCUCUGUACGAUGUUCUGCAACAAGUAAGAAAGAUGUGGAAAAAUGAGAACGUGAUGCUCCUGGGGGACUUCAAUGCAGACUGCGGUUACCUCGCCAAGAAGAACAGGAAACAUGUGCGGCUGAUCACGGACAGCAGCCUCCAUUGGCUCAUACCAGAAAACACGGACACCACCGUUAAGCUGACCACAUCCUGCUCCUACGACAGGAUUGUUGUGCAUGGAGAAAGAUUUUAUCGAGCAGUUGUUCCUUCCUCGGCCCAACCAUUUAACUUCCAACAGGAGUACAGACUAACAGAAGAACAGGCACUGGAUGUGAGCGACCAUUACCCGGUGGAGGUCCUGCUGGAGGUCGUCAGUUCCAGAGCCUUCAAUGGAGUCAUUUCCUUUACGAGUUCCUUCGCUGUGUUCCAGUGUUUGAGCUGUAUAAUCUACCACCUGUUAUUAUAGUAACUGAACAAUGAAUACAUACAGUUACUUAUUUCAUACCUCAGAAUAAAUGUCAGGAAAGCCAACAGAUGUUAAGCUCCUGUAAAUAAUCAUGUAAAUGAUUUUAGUUUUUUUUUUUAUAAAGCUAUUUUAUUAAAUGUGUUACAAAUCUAAA